AUGGACAACGUCCACCCCGAGGACCCCGAGGUGAAGUCCAGCAUGGAGAGGCUGUGUUCCCAUUCCCAGUUUUCUCCCCAUUGUUGCCAUUUUUCCCAUAUUUCCCAGGAGGGAUUGGUGAAAUCCAACAUGGAGAAGCUGACGUUCCACGCGCUGUUGGCGCUGUGUUCCCAUUCCCCGUUUUAUUCCUCCACGCCCACAGCGCGUGCCAGGCGCCAUUUUGUUUUGAAGCGAAGCGAGGCGGGCGUGAGGAUUCUCCUCCAGCCCCGCUCCGGGCUCGACCCCGCGGAGCAGCGGCUCCGCCAGCUCCCCCCAGAGCCCGGAAUUCUCGGACGAUUCCGACUCCGGCAGCGACUUCGAGGUCUCUCCGCGGGCCCGGAGCAAGCGGGGCCCGCUCCGAGCAGCCCCCAGGAGCUGCUCCCCGAAGCGCUCCCGCCUCUACCCCGGGGAUGGGCGGGACCCGGAGCCGAAUUCCCUGGAGCAGAAUGCCCAGCAGAAUUCCCUGGAGCAGAAUUCCCUGUUCAGGCCGUGUUUUCGGGAAAAGUGGCCACGGAGACGCUGGUGGAUGAGUGGCUGAAGCGGUACCAGCGGGACAAGGAGGACGCGUUCCUGGAGCUGCUCAACUUCAUCGUGCGCUCCUGCGGCUGCAAGGGUGUGGUGACCUCGGAGAUGUUCCUGGAGCUGCAGAACUCCGAGAUCAUCCAGAGGCUCGCAGAGACCUUCCUGCAGGACUCCCCAGAGUUCCCUGUCUCCACGCCCAGCCGUCGGUGGCGCCGGUUCCGUGUGGGUUUCUGUGAGCUGCUGGCAGUGCUGGUGCUCCGUGGGCAGCACCAGGAGCUGCAGGACGCUUCCUCAUGGGCUGCCUGCAUUUAUGGAUAGAUUUACAUUUACAUUUACAUUUACAU